AUGUGUGCAGAAAGGGGUCCUCCUGUGCAAAGACAGCCUUUGAAGCACAGAGACUAUGAAGUUGAUCUUGAUUCUCGUCUUGGCAAGACUCAGGUGGUGACCCCGAUUGCAUCGUUGAAUCAGCAGGCUGGGUACUACUGUUCUGUAUGUGAAUGUGUUAUUAAAGAUUCAGCCAACUAUUUGGAUCACAUAAAUGGCAAGAAGCAUCAGAGAGCGCUGGGCAUGUCUAUGCGUGUUGAAAGGGCAUCACUUGAACAGGUUGAGAAAAGGUUUGAGGCACUUAAGAAAAGGAAGGACCCAAGCGCCUUUACUGAACAAGGUGAAAACAGACUGAACUUCAGUUCAAACAACUAG